AUGCAGGCGUGCCCAAUAGGGGCUCGCAUCAAAGAAGAAAAGUAUAUAACACACCCGGCCUGGGAUGGUAUGAUUUUCACAGACGGCGGUAUUCUUUCCUGGCUUACUGGAAUUAUAAUUCUUGUGGCAUUCAUAGUUGUUAUUUAUAUGCUUUUGUCCUUUACCGGAGUCAUUGAGUCGCGCACCAGCAGCUCAGAGCACACAAACAUAAUAACGAACAACAACAACAACAACAAUAACAGCAACAGCAGCUCAAACAACGCUGCUAUGGCAGGAGCGCCACAGCCUAGCGUCAUAGUGCUCAACCCGUCUGCAGACAAAUCAAACAGCGACAGAAGGCACCACCACCACCAUGGGCACCACCACUACUCUGACCGCUCAGACGAAUAUUAA